AUGCAUUAUGGGUCAGUUGAUGGAGAUGAGCUGAAGAAGUCUCUGUCUGAGCUGGCGGAUAAGAACCAUCACUCUCACACUAAGAGCAUCAGUCGCAUCAGCAGCAGCAGUAACCCGUUCCUGGACAUUGCCCAUGACCCCAACGCUGCUGUCUACAAAACUGGCUUCCUGGCCCGCAAAAUGCACGCUGACAUGGACGGGAAGAAAACACCGAGAGGGAAACGAGGCUGGAAAACCUUCUAUGCUGUUCUGAAAGGCAUGAUCCUCUAUUUGCAGAAGGAUGAGUAUAAGCCAGAGAAGGCCCUGUCAGAGGACGACCUGAAGAACGCCAUCAGCGUGCAUCAUGCUCUUGCCAUCAAGGCGAUGGACUACGAGAAGAAGCCCAAUGUUCUCAAACUCAAGACUGCUGACUGGAGAGUGUUCCUCUUCCAGGCCCAGAGCCCUGAGGAAAUGGAGUCCUGGAUCAGAAUAAUCAACUCGGUGGCGGCCAUGUUUUCCGCCCCAUCCUUCCCCGCUGCCAUCGGCUCGCAGAAGAAAUUCAGCCGUCCGCUGCUGCCGGCGACCACCACCCGCAUGUCUCAGGAAGAGCAGCUCAAGUCCCACGAGGCCAAGCUGAAGCACGUCUCUACAGAAUUAGCCGAGCACAGAUCCUACCCGCCAGAUAAGAAGGUCAAAGCCAAAGAGGUCGAUGAGUACCGCUUGAAGGAGCACUACCUGGAAUUUGAGGAGAGCCGUUACGAGAUGUACGUCAAGCUGCUGAAAGAAGGUGUGAGAGAGCUCUUGACGGCCCGGGACGGUGACGCGGCGCUGAAGAAGUCUCAGUCCAGCCCAUCUCUCAACCAGGAGUCCCAGCCGGCCGCCGCUAAAGUCAAGCGCAACACGUCCGAGCGGAAGGACUACCGGCCCGAAACACCCAAGAUCACAUAGACAGUCUCCUGCUUCCUGUCAGAGAGCCACUGUAUAUCACGCGUGACUGUACUUUGAUGUAAUUUAUUUAUCUGCCGACAGUUCUCAGAAAUAAUUUGUGUAAAAUGUAAAUUGAUCAGUUGGUUGGAAGUUGUAAAUCCCUAGGUCUCCCUUGACCAGCCGGUGCUUGUGGAGCAAAUAGUGUGGUUUUCUUUUUUUAUUCGUUAGCGUGUAAA